CUUGACCCGCCAGAGGCGUUUCAAGUCUAUUCCCUUGCUCCUCUCUGAAGUGGAGGAGAAUGGUCUGAAGCCCGACUCAAUACUUUUUAAUGCAAUGAUUAAUGCUUCCUCUGAAUCUGGAAAUAUAGACGAUGCCAUGAAAAUCUUUCAGAAAAUGGAGGAGAGUGGAUGUAAGCCCACAACCAGUACUUUUAACACUCUUAUCAAAGGAUAUGGAAUUGCUGGAAAACCUGAAGAAUCUUUAAAAUUGCUAGAGCUUAUGUUGCAGGAUGAGAAUACGAAACCCAAUGACAGGACAUAUAACAUGAUUGUUAGAGCCUGGUGUAACAAGAAGAAAAUAAAUCAAGCCUGGAAUAUGGUAUAUAAGAUGGUUGCAUCUGGUAUACAACCUGAUGUAGUGACUUACAACACAUUGGCAAGGGCUUAUGCUGAGAAUGGAGAGACAAAUAUCGCUGAAAGGUUGAUGUCGGAGAUGCAGAACAACAAAGUGAACCCCAACGAGCGAACUUGUGGCAUCAUUGUAAAUGGAUAUUGUAAAGAAGGUAGCAUGACAGAUGCCUUGAGGUUUGUAUACAGAAUGAAGGAUCUAGGGGUGCAUCCAAAUCUUGUUAUUAUUAACUCUCUUAUCAAGGGGUUUUUGGACAUUACAGACACUGAUGGAGUUGAUGAGAUACUAACAUUGAUGGAAGAAUUUGGGAUGAAGCCAGAUGUGAUAACAUUUAGCACCAUAAUGGAUGCAUGGAGCUGGGCAGGGCUCAUGGAAAAAUGCCAGGAGGUCUUCAAUGACAUGAUAAAAGCUGACAUAGAACCAGACAUCCAUGCAUUCAGCAUUCUUGCAAAAGGCUAUGUGCGUGCUGGUGAGCCUGGUAAGGCUGAGUCAGUUAUGAUUUCCAUGGGAAAUUAUGGUGUGCAUCCAAAUGUUGUAAUCUUCACAACCAUCAUGAGUGGGUGGUGCACAGCUGGCAAAAUGGAGCAUGCUUGGAGUAUCUAUGAGAAAAUGUGUGAAAUGGGCAUUGCCCCCAAUUUGAAAACUUUUGAGACCCUAAUAUGGGGAUAUGGAGAAGCUAGGCAACCAUGGAAAGCAGAAGAUUUGCUCCAUAUAAUGGAAGAGAAGGGUGUUAUUCCUGAGAAGAGAACUAUCCAGCUUGUCGCCGAAGCUUGGCGUGUGAUAGGUUUAAUGACCGAAGCCAUGAGAGUCUUAAAUGAUUCAGAAGAAGAAAGGGAAGUGGUACAAAAUAAUAGGAGGGACAAGGUACCUGAGCAGAGUUUGGAGAUGAUUAAUAGGAAACAAAACUUAAGUACUUCUCAUCCUAAUGUUUUGCCAAUACCUGGAGUAGUUGUUUCUGAUAACGGCGGAUCUGCUGCCAACAUAAGAGGUCAGAUGAUUUCAAGAGGAUUUCAGUUUUCAUCUGACAGUAUGCAGAAUGCUACUAAAACCAUGUGUCUUGCUCAUACGUCUGCAUUUAGCGUGCAACCAAUGAUCAUAUGUGCAGUUUCAGACUCAAGUUGGGAUGUGCAGGCAGUUUGUAAAUACACGCCCAGUGUUGUAAAUAAAUACAUUGAUGAGGAAACAGAGGCGACUCAGAUGAUGCUAUUUCGACGAGGGACAAAACAUUAUCCUGCUCCAGAACAUUUCCUUGGUUCUUAGAUUCAUGAGUGUUGAUGAUUCUUUGCUAUUCAGAGCUGUUGAUAGUGUUGCAGCAUAUACUUCCAUCUCUAUUGGUGUCCCUUCUGAUUGUGCAAGUCAAAGUGUAGGAAAUUAUGUAAUUUGCUACAUGAAAUGUGUAACAUAUGUUGAUAAUUCAGGGCCAAAGAUAACAAUUUCUUCU